AUGGAGGACUCGGUCAUAUUCCCGCGAUCGCCUUCAUACAGGGGACUCGCAGUCGAUGCAGUCGCACAGGCGGCGUUUAAUGAAAAGAAGUGGGUCUGGGUUGAGGACAAGGACGAAGGAUACAUUGCCGCCUGGAUCUCUCAAGAGCAAGGAGAUCAGGUCCAAGUUCACCUCAACAAUGGACUGGUCAAGACGGUGAACAUCAACCAGACGGGCAAGAUGAACCCUCCAAAGUUCGACAAGGUCGAGGAUAUGGCAGAUUUGACAUACCUGAACGAAGCCUCUGUCAUCCACAACCUCCGUCUUCGCUACCAUUCCAACUUGAUCUACACAUAUUCGGGACUCUUCUUGGUGGCAGUGAACCCUUACCGCAAACUGGGGAUCUACACCGACGAGGUCGUGCUCUCGUACAAGCACAAAAAAAGGCACGAGAUGGCGCCUCAUAUCUUUGCCGUCUCUGACGCAGCCUAUCAUGACAUGCUCCAGGACCGCGACAACCAGUCCAUCCUCAUCACGGGAGAGUCGGGUGCCGGAAAGACAGAGAACACAAAGAAGGUCAUCCAGUACUUGGCAUCGAUUGCCACAGACAAAAACCACAAGAUUGGUCGUCUUGAGAGCCAGAUCCUCCAGGCCAAUCCUAUUCUCGAGUCCUUUGGAAACGCCCAAACCAUCCGCAACAACAACUCCUCCCGCUUCGGAAAGUUCAUUAGGAUCGAGUUCACGUCGUCGGGUCACAUCGCAGGAGGCAACAUUGAGCGCUACCUGUUUGAGAAAUCACGCGUCACCUUCCAGACUUCCCAGGAGCGCAACUACCACAUCUUUUACCAGCUCCUCGCCGGAGCCCCCGCCGACCUCAAAAAAACGUUGCUGCUGGAUGGCGGACUGCGCGACUAUGGGUACGUCAAGAACUCGAACCACGUCAUCCCCGGCGUCGACGAUGGCGAGGACUACCAGCUCCUUCUUGUACGUAUUUGGAUCCCUCUCUCUGAAUUCGUCAAGGGAUUGUUGAAACCAAAGGUCAAGGCCGGGAGGGAGUGGGUGGUCCAGGCGAGGACAGAUCAACAGGUGUUGUACUCGAUUGAGGCGUUGUCGACGGCGUUGUAUGAGAGGAUGUUUGAUUCGAUUAUUGGACGGAUUAACCUGGCCAUUGAUACGCCCGGGAAGAAGUUUACGACGUUCAUUGGUGUCCUUGAUAUCGCUGGUUUUGAGAUCUUUGAGGUGAACAGCUUUGAGCAGUUGUGUAUCAACUACACGAACGAGAAGCUGCAACAAUUUUUCAACCACCACAUGUUCAUCCUGGAACAAGACGAGUACAAGCGCGAGAACAUCGAAUGGCAGUACGUCGAUUUCGGCCAGGACCUCCAGCCCACCAUUCAGCUCAUCGAGGACUCCAACCCGAUCGGUAUUCUGUCAUGCCUGGAUGAAGAAUGCGUGGUCCCCAAAGGUACCGACAAAUCCUUCCUCACAAAACUUACCACCCUCUGGAAAGGCAAAUCGGACAAAUACGAGGCACCUCGAUUCCAAGAAGGCUUCAUCCUCCACCACUACGCUGGAAAAGUCGAAUACAAAACCGACGGCUGGCUCGACAAGAACAAGGACCCCCUCAACGAGAACAUUACUCGCCUCCUUGCUCAUUCCUCGGAAAAGUAUAUCGCCAGCUUGUUUGGGGAUUACUUGGUGGAGGAGGAAGAUUUUACGGUGAGGGGACGGGCCAAGAAGGGUGCGUUUAGGACGGUGGCUCAGAGGCACAAGGAGCAGCUGAGGUCGUUGAUGGAUCAUUUGUAUGAGACCCGGCCGCAUUUUGUUAGGUGUAUUUUGCCGAAUGAGGAGAAGCGCGCCGGGAAGAUUCAUGUGCCGUUGGUGCUGGAUCAACUCAGGUGUAAUGGUGUCUUGGAGGGAAUUCGGAUCUGUAGGGCUGGGUUCCCGAACCGAAUUCUGUUUGCGGAAUUCAGGCAGCGGUAUGAGAUCUUGAACCCUGGGCUGAUUCCGAGUGGGUAUAUGGAUGGGCGGGUUGCGGCGCAGACGUUGCUGGAGGGUUUGCAGAUGGAUAAGUCGCAGUAUCGUGUCGGAACUAGCAAAGUCUUUUUCCGUUCCGGCGUCUUGGCAGAGCUGGAAGAUAUCCGCGAUCAAAAGCUCGCUCAAAUCUUCACAAAAUGCCAAGCAGUCUGCCGAGGCUACCUCGCCCGCCGCCACCUCAACCAAAAGAUCGACCGCGCCAAGGCCAUAAAAAUCAUCCAACGCAACGCGCGAGUUUACGUCCAACUCCGAGAAUGGUCCUGGUGGAAGAUGUAUGUCCGGAUCAAACCCCUCCUCAACGUCACCCGAGUUGCGGAAGAACUCCGAGAGAACCAAGAGAAGGUGAGGAUGUUGGCCGAGAAGCAGGAACAAGAGGCCGAGGCGAGGUUGAAGUUGGAGGAGGCUGGGAGGGCUCACGAGGACGAGAAGGCGAGGUUAGAGGAGUUGUUACAGACAGAGAGGAGGUUGGGGAUUGAUAAUGAGCAGAUUCUGAUGAGGACUCAGGCUAGGGCGGCAGAGUUGGAGGAUCGAGUGAGGGAGAUUGAGGGGGAGUUGGCAGUUACUGAGGCUCAGUUGGAAGAGUUGACGUUGGCCAGGAAUGAGGUUGCCUUGCAGGCGAAUCAGUUGGAGGAGAAGGUCACUCAGCAAGGGGACGCUAUCGAGAGGUUGGAGAAGGAGCGGUCGUCCAAGGAGAUUGAGCUCAGACAUGUCCAGACUGCUCGGGAUACCGAUAUGGUGUCCGUCCAGAAACUCGAGGCGGAGAAACAUAACCUGGAGGGCCGACUUGAGGAGCUGCACAAGGAAGUCGAUGACAAGAACUUGGAGCUUGAGCGGGUCCGGUUGCGGUUGAAGAAUUCGAUCGAGGAGCUCGAGAGCAAGAUUGAGACCGUCGAGUCGGAAAAGCUGGCCUUCAAGAACAAGCACAUGGCAGCUGAGGCUGAGCUCAAGCAGGCGAGGGAGCAGGCCUUGGAGCUUGGCCGGACUUGUGCGAACCAGGAGAAGCAGAUCCAGGACAAGUCGAACCGGUUGUCGGCGUUGGAGACUGAACUCGAUCGUGAGAAGACCAGUGGUGAGAAGAGCCGGCGGGAUCUUUUGGUCAAGCUACAGCAGAACGAAGAGGAACUCGAGUCUGAGCGCCAUGAACUUUCUAAACUGGAAAAGGUCAAGUCCCGUCUGGAGGAGCAACUGGACGAGAUGAAGGGGGCUCUGGAGGCCAAGGGCGAUGAAGAGACCAAGCACACUGAGCUCCAACGAAUGCGCGAGACAGAACUCGACCGCCUCAAGGAAGAGAUCCAAUCCCUACAAUCCGAACUCGAGGAAGGGCGCAAGAAGCAGGCCGCCCUUGGCGAGCAGUACCGUCAAGAAGUCGAGGUCCUCUCCCAAGAGAACGCCGCUGUGAUGGCGGACAAACACGGUCUGGAGAAGAAGCUGGAGGAUAUGGGCAACCAUGUCGAGCGUCACCUGCAGUUGGUCGAUACCUGGCAAAAAUCCCACAAGCAGACCACCAGUGAACUCCAAUUCUCCCGAAACCGUGAGGCUGAGCUGGAAGGAGCGUUGGAUCAAGAGCGUCUGACCAAGGAGAGUUACCUCCGCCAGUUGAGUACUGCCAACUCGAGGAACGACGAUACCAAUGAGCGGUUGGUCCGAUUGGAGCGCGACAAGACUUCGAACCAGAAGCAGAUCGAUAUGCUCCGUGAGGAACUCGAGGAAGAGACCCAGCGUCGCAAGGUUGCAGAGUCUGGCCGUCGCGAACUCGAGAUGGAGCUGGAAGAGCUGAAACGACUCCGAGACGAGGAUGAGGUCUGCAAGGCUGAAUUCUCACAGAAGACGUCUAACCAGGCCGCCGAGCUAGACGAGCUCCGGUUUAAGCUCCAGAACGAGGCCCUUGAACGCAACACGGAACUCGAGGAGAGCAAGCGGCGGUUGGAAAAGACGGUUACGGAACUUCAAGCCCGUCAUGAGGAGAUCUCGUUGGCGUCCAGCAAUGUCGAAAAGUCCAAGGCUCGUUUGACAGCUGAAGUCGAAGAUCUUCGUCAUGAGCUCGAGCGUGACCAUGCGGUUGCCAGGGCUGCCGAGAAGAUGGCCAAGGCGACCGAGAUCCAGUUGUCACAAGUCAAGGAGCAGGUUCAAGUCGAGCGUCACCACCGCGAACUAGCCGAGUCGAACGCCCGCAAGCUCCAGUCAAGUGUCGACAGUCUCAACCUCGACAUCGAGUCCAAGUCCCAGCAGAUCACCAACCUUUCCCGGUCCAAGGCCGAGCUCGAGAAGGAACUGGGCUCGCUCAUCAACGAGUUCGGAACCAGUGGCAAGAGCACCCAUGAGUCCGAGAAGGUCCGCCGCAAACUCGAGGCGCAGAUCCAGGAGAUCGAGGGCAAGUACGAGGAGGAGAAGAACCUGCGGUACGCUGCCGAGGAGCUCAAGCGGCGGUUCGAAGAGCAGUUGACCGAAUCUCGUCGUGCCAUGGCUGCAGAUAUGGAGGCCAAGGAGCAGCAACAGGAGGAGACCAAGAAAAUCCUGUUGUUAGAGAUUGAUGACCUGGGUCAACAGGUUACGGACCACAUGUCAAUGUUGAAUGAGUUGAACAAGGCCAACAAGAAGCUUCAGGAGCGGAUCGAUGACCUGAGUCUGAACCACAACACGUCAACGAGGUCCAAGACGGAUAUGGAGCGAACCAAGAAGAAGCUCGAGAUGUCGUUGAGGGAGUACCAGACCCGCCUCGAGGCCGAGGAGAGGCUACGCAAGAAUUUUGAAGAACUGGCAUCAAGACAUGAACGCAAGUCUAACGCCAUCCAGAAUGAACUCGAGGCUAUCCAAGACGAGAAGGAGACCCAGGACCGGACUUACAAGCAGUUGCUGACUGAAGUUGAGACGCUAAGACAGGAACUGGACGGUGGCGAUGAUUCGAAAGCCAACUUGGUCGAGAAGCUGCGUAAGCUCGAGAGGGAUAACCAACGACUCCAGGAGUUGGUGGAUGAGGAGGCCGAUACGAGGGAGAUGAUGGCCGCCGCCAAGAAGGGCGAUUCCUCAGAACUCGAGUACCUGACGACCAAGAUCCGAGGUGAGAUGGAGGACCAGUUCCAGGGAUUGGAAGAGUCUCGAAAGGCAGCCGUAGCAGCCCAGAGGAUCGCACAGCUCGAACUCGAGGACAAGUUGGGCGAGAUCACGAACCUGGACAAGCAACGCAAGUCUCUCCUUUCCGACCUCGACGACAUGAAGGCACAACUCGAGGCCGAAAUCCUAGCCAAGAACGAAGAAGCCGCCAGCAAGCGUCGUCUCGCCGCCGAGCUACAGGAGCUCCAAAUCCGAUCCGAGUCCGAGGCGGCCAAGAUGAGCGAACUCAUGGACUCCCUCCAGAUGUACAAGGCCAAGGCCGACAGUACGCUCACAAAACUCGAAACCACCGACCUGAUCCGCCUCAAGGCCGAGAAGUCCGAAGGCUUUGUCCGUCUUCAACUCAAGGACCUCGAGGAAUCCCUCCAAGAAGCCCUAGCCGAACGUCGCGACGCCGAAGAGAAAGCCGCCGCCUACCAACAACAAAUGCGGGAGCUCGAAGACCGUGUCGAAGAAGACCUUAUCGCCAACGCUGACCUCAACAUGACCCGCCGACGCCUCGACGAAGAACUGGUUUCCGAGAAAGAAAAACACCGCAAGGAGAUCGAAGAGACCGAACGCGCCCUCGAAAUCUCCAAGCGGAAAUACCAAAAGGAAAUCCGCCAGCUCAUCACCGAGAUCGACCUCGAAAAGGCCAACCUCCAAAAGAUGCGCGACUCCCAGAAACAACUCGCCCAGGAGCUCGAAGACGUUCACCAGAAACUCGACCAAGAACUCCGGAGCUCUCAAUCCUGGAAGAAGGACAAGGAACGUCUCGAGGCUAAGAACGCAGAUCUGAACCAGAUGUACCAGGACCUCCUCGCCUCCCAGGAUGACCUCCAAGUCCAAACCGUUUCCCUCCUCUCCCAAGUCCGCGAGGUCCGGGCCGCACUGGACGAAUCUGAAUCUGCGCGGGCGGCGCUGGAGAAGACCAAGCGUGGAUUGGAGCAGCGGUUGGUGGAUGUUGGAGAGCAGUUCAACACGGUGACACAGAACAAGCAGGUUGCGGAGCGGAUCAAGAUGGCGUUGGGACAGGAGGCUGGCGAUUUGAGGGAGAGGCUUGAGGAGCAGAUCCAAGUUGUUACAUUGAGUACUGAGAAGCUGCGCAAGGCUGAGAUUGCGGUUGUUGAGGCAGAGGGCGAGCUCGCCAAGGAAAGGGCCAUCAGCGAGGAGAAUCUACGCGCCAAGGUGUCAGAACUAGGUCUCCGGAUCACAGACCUCGAAACCGCCCUGCAAACAACUGGCCCCCGGUCGGCCUCCCUCCUCCAACAAAAGCUCGAUGAAAAAUCCGCCCUCCUCGACGACGAGAUCCGGAACCGCCAAGAAGCCCUCCGAGUCCAACGACGAUCCGAGAGAAUGGUCCGGGAUCUGCAGCACCAGCUGUUGGAGAGGGACAAGCUGAAGGCGAGACAGGAGGAUGAGGCUGCCAAGAGUGAGCAAAGGUUUAAGACACUCAGGCAGAGGGUUGAAGAUUUGGUGUUGUCGGAGAAUAAUCUGACACUUGCGAAGCGCAAGGCAGAAAGGGAGAGUAUUGAGUCCAAGGAGCGGUCUGUUAGGUGA